AUGCCCUCUGCAUUAUUAGCUAAGUCCGCCUCGAAUAAAUUGGAUUGGGCAAAAGUGAUUUCUUCAUUGAAAUUGACCGGUAAGACAGCUACUCAACUGUCAAGUUUCAAAAAGAGAAAUGAUGAAGCUAGAAGAAAGCUAUUAGAACUAGAACAACAGCCAAAAACUGUCAAUUUCGAUCAUUAUAAAAGUAUACUCAAUAAUAAGGAUAUUGUGAGCAAAAUUGAGUCAUUUUAUAAUUCUUAUAAACCUGUCACUAUCGACAUAAGCAAACAAAUUUCUACCAUUCAAUUAUUUGAAAAACACGCCCUAGAAAAUGCUAAAGAAACUGAGUUACUCGUAUCUCAAGAAUUGAAAACUUUAAAUGAAACACUACAAAAUAUUGAAGAGGCAAGACCUUUUGAUCAAUUAACCGUGGAUGAAUUGGUCAAGGCUAGACCUGAAAUAGAAGAAAAAGUAGAACAAAUGGUAAAGAACGGAAAAUGGGAAGUACCUGGCUACGAUGAAAAGUUUGGCUCUUUGAACGUGAUGUGA